CCACUAAAAAAAUCAUGUGAGCUGCUAUCAGGCAAUUUAUUAUUUAAUGUGUGCAAGACCAGAGGUGGACAAAUCACGCCAUUUCUAAAGGAAACACAACGCAACUUUCGCUACUAAAAUGGCUGAAGGGACUAUAAAAGAAGCUCUCAAGAAACUCGAUGAUCAACUCGAAUGUUCUGUAUGUUUUGAGCCUUUCAAGCAACCGAAAAUCUUGCCUUGUUUUCACGUAUUUUGCUCCCCAUGUCUGGAGAAAGUAGUGACCAAGGAUGGAAGCUCCUUGAAGUGUCCAUUCUGUCGAAACACUGUCCCACUGACAAAAAGGGGAGUAGCUGGACUGCAAUCAGAUCUCAAAACUGACCAGUUGGUUGAGUUACAAGACGCAUUUAAAAAAGUUAAACUUGCCCCUACUCAAAAUGAUGAUCAAGACGACCAGGUUCAAAGUGAAGAUCAAGACGAUCAGUACCCAAGUGACGAUCAAGAUAACCAGUACCAAAGUGACGAUCAAGACGACCAGGGUCAAAGUGAAGAUCAAGACGAUCAGUACCCAAGUGACGAUCAAGAUGACCAGUACCAAAGUGACGAUCAAGACGACCAGGGUCAAAGUGAAGAUCAAGACGAUCAGUACCCAAGUGACGAUCAAGAUGACCAGUACCAAAGUGACGAUCAAGACGACCAGAGUCAAAGUGAAGAUCAAGACGAUCAGUACCCAAGUGACGAUCAAUAUGAUCAGGACCAAAGUGACGAUCAAGACGACCAGUACCAAAGUGACGAUCAAGACGACCAGUACCAAAGUGACGAUCAAUAUGAUCAGGACCAAAGUGACGAUCAAGACGACCAGUACCAAAGUGACGAUCAAGACGAUCAGUACCAAAGUGACGAUCAAUAUGAUCAGGACCAAAGUGACGAUCAACAUGACCAGUACCAAAGUGACGAUCAAGACGAUCAGUACCAAAGUGCCGAUCAAGACGAUCAGUACCAAAGUGACGAUCAGAACCAAAGUGACGAUCAAGACGACCAGGGUCAAAGUGACGAUCAAGACGAUCAGAAUCAAAAUGAUUAUGAAGACGACCAGGACUAUGAGCGGCACGCUCAAAGUGACUAUGAAGACGACUACACUCAAAGUGACGAUGAUUAACAGCUAUAAUUAUUCCAGGCUAAUUAAACAAAAAAUGCACUUAUUUGCCUGAUAAGUGCAUAGUGCACGACUGCCCAUUUGUAUAACACAUCCUGAUCCACACAACUAUCUCCACCCCCUAGUGACUCUCCUCAUUCAUGCAACCACACUCACUGACCUCCCUCCUGAAGAAAGUGACGAUGAAUACUAUAUGUACAAUGUAAUCACAACUGUCUUACAAACUUUAGUUUUCGUAUAAAGUGCACAAUGCUCGACUGCACACAGUCGCACAGGCAGUACCAGUGUGGAUUAAAGCACACCGUAUGCUAAAAAGUAUACAUGAAUACCUGUGUUAAUAAUUACC